AUGAUCACCAUCGAAGAAAUUAUCAUAAGCAGUUUGUAUCACAGAUUAGUUUUGGUAAGGAUUAAAAAAACAAGUGACAUAAAGAACAAAAAUCAUUCCAAAUCCAACAACGAGGAUGAGGAUGAUGGUCCUAAAUCUGUUAUUGAAAAAUGUAAAACGGGAAAUGUCAUUACUAACAAAGGAUUAGGGCACUUGUACUUGGGACAAUGUGGAGCUAAUGUGGAAAAUAGCAAAUCACUUGAAGCUUUAGAAGACACAAGGUGCCCCCUGCCCAGUCCUGGCCAUGAAUCUAUUGACACCAUCAGCCUGGAAACUAAUCCUGCCAAGUUGAGGCAACAUAAUAUCAACAUUGUUGAUGAGGAAAUAUUCAUUAAAAAUCAAAUCGGUAGGAUAAUUGAAAUAGGAGAGUUGCAUCUGAUGACUCGAAGAUCUAAAACAACAGCAGAAGUUCAAACAGACUUUGAGCCAAUUUGGUGUUUUAACAAAGAUGGAGGACCAGUAAAAAGUUUGCAGUCACAAGAUUCAUUGAUUGAUUUAGCUAACUGUAAAGAAUUCUCACUUGUUAGGCUGGAAAGUCUUGAACAGCCAGAAAAGAGGUCUCUACUUGUCAUCAAUUCUGAACUGAAAAAAGAGGAAGCAAACGAUGAGAAAACCAACAAUUUAUAUUCAGGCAGUUAUGAAGAAUUCAACAAAACCAAAAUUUAUAAUACAGCAUUAGCUGAAAGCUAUGUGAAUGAAAGUACUGACACUCGAAAUAAAAAUUCCUGUGGUGCAACAAGUUCUCUGAUAAAUGACAACAGUCUGGUAGGGUCAUACAAAACUUUCAACAUAACGGAUCAAGGCGAGGCUGUUCUUGUCAAUGAAGAAAAAUGCACAGGAAGUAUUCAUGAUCAUGUGAAAAAAGAAGACAACAUGAAUAUGGUUGAAUUAGGAGGAAUCAGUGAUGUGCUGAAACCAACAUCUUUUGUCAAGUUUGUUGUGAAUCGGGUAGAAGCCGAUAGUUACAUUCCCACAUCAUUAAUCUCUGCUAAUUCCAACAAACAGUCUUCCUCGAUCACACCACCACCAGCUGAAGUUGAUUUUUCAGAAUUGAAAUUCAGAACAAUGCAAGAAAGUUCUCAGAUAUUAAAAAAUCGACAUUCACUUUCAGGUGGAAUGUUCAAGGAGAGGAGGAGAUUAUCGCAAAAGAGGAGCAGGUCCCUGAGAAGACACCACGGUGGAAUGUUGGUGGAUGGUGAAAAACUCUUGAGACACAUCAUGUCAUUUGGAGUGGGCGAGAAGUUGAAUAACAAUAAUAACCAUCAGAAUUUUGUAAAAUCGUCCCCGUCUGGCCGAUUUGCUGAUGGCUCUAAUCAGCCAGCGAGGGACAUUAUCACCGUAACCGAUUUCAAAUUAUCGCCUAUGCAUCCUUUAAGAAGUUUGAACUCAUCUCAGAUUGACCUCAGGAGGGAUAGGGAUCACGAAUUUGCAACUCCAGUGCAUAACAUCAUCAAUCGCGAUUGCACUGAUAACAAUCAUUCCAAUUGCAACAGCAACCACGUGCCACCUCAAAUGAAGCUCGAUAGAAAGAGUCGUAGUGAGAGAUCCUCUCCUCUCAUGAUGACGGCAACUUUCAUCUCGGAGGACAUCAAUGCCUCCGACAAUAAGAAUCAAGAAAGUGACGUAAAUAAUCAAGAAAAUAAUACAACGUUCUCUGACAUGUUGUGGAAUGCCAAAAUUGAGUUACCAAAUUCUGCGAGUGGAUCACUACCAGAUGAUUGUUCCACGACGACGAUAGAGACAUCGUCGACUGCAACAUCCCAGUCAUCUGUCGUCCAGUUUGAGAGGUUUCCUGAUUGGAUGAAGAAACUGCCAAAUAAACACAAGAACCUCCCACUCACCAAACUCUGUAUACCAGGUAGCCACAUAUGCUUAGCAAUAGAUAGGGACAUGAGGACUAGCAUGGAUUUUUCAAAAUGUAACUACGAGAUGGCCGAAUUUCUCAGAAAACUUCCAAACUUACCUGUUUUCAAUGGAUUCCGAUCUCAAAUGAAGCACAUUUGGAAGGCUUGGAUGCCCAAACAGUACCUCUCAGUGUAUGAACAACUGCAGGCUGGAUCCAGAUAUUUGGACAUGAGAAUAACAAAACAGCUGGGCACACUCUAUGGCGAACACGGUCUAUACACUGGUCAAUUGAAGCGCUACCUGAAAGAAGUUCGUUUGUUCCUCGAGGAGCAACCUCAGGAAGUCGUCAUCAUCCACCUCACCCCCUCCUACUUCGUUGAACCUCCUGACAAGAAACAUCUCGUCACCAUGCUCUUCCAAGUUUUUGGCACAAAGAUGGCCUGUUGGGACAAGCAGGGACACGAGAUGAGAAGUUGCGAUAGUUGCCGGGCCGGUCACGAUUGCAUUGACUCCAAGUUCCACACUUCUUUCAUCUUUCCGUCCAUAAAUCAACUGUUGAGGAGCGGUAAACAGGCGAUUAUCAUUAUGCCAACGGAGGAUGUGUAUAACCACGUGAGAAACCACAUCUUUGGCGGCUCCAUCUGGCCUGACAACCACAUCUCUGUUUCAAUGCCUAAAAAGCAAUCUCUAGACGAGUUGCGACUGUUCCUCGAUGACUGUUAUUGCAAUUGUUUUGCUGAAAAUUCAGAGAAUGGUAGAACGAACUGCUUGAAGGUGAUGAGAGCCGUAUUGUCGCCUGACAUGAGCAUGGUGUUUGGACGAUAUGACAAACGUCGAAACAUGAAAGAACUUUCAUUUUUGGAUACAUGUCCUCUUAUUUGCGAGUGGCUGGCGGCUGACGGCGGCAAAUGCAAACUGAAUGUGGUCGCUGUCGAUUUCAUCGGGGCGCCAGGACUCGUCAGAUCAGUUCUCGAUUUGAACAGGGAGGAAAAAAUGGCGACCAUGAUGAUGAUGAUGAUGGUGGCUGGCCUGGUCUGA